UGUCCACCUGGCAAAAAGACGGACGAUCCUCAAGGCCGUUGCUGUGUUUUUCCUUUCGAGUAUGGAGGAGUAACUUACCAAUCUUGUACCAACGGAUGGUGUUCAUUUGACGAAGGUUACGUGGGAAACUGGGCUAACUGCGGUAAGGAAUAAAAGUUACAAAUUUAGCAAUAUUAAAUUCAAUAAAGAAGUUUUUUGAAACGAUUAUUACCUUUAUCGACCGGCUAUAAGAAACAAAAUAGCAUUCAACGCUAACCCUUCACAAUAUCGGCAAUCUCCUUUCAGCAUUUUAAGACAGUUUGUUUUUCCAUAAAAUCUAAGCGACUGUUGAUAAAAACAGGUAACUUUUCCGAUUAUGCUGACAGGGAGAGUUAAACGAAAACUGGAUCAGAGUUAGCUUUCAAUCCUCUUUGCUACUUAAGAAGCUUGUGUUGACUCAAAAACAUUUAUGGAGUGGAUAUUGGUUACCCUCUUCCGUACAACAUGUAGGGGGGAGUAAAAAUGCUAAAUACUGUUUUGAGAGCUUGAGGUUAUGAUUUGUUCAUGUGCCAAUUUUUCAAAAUAGUCUAUUGGAUGUUUUAGCUGAUAGUCAACGAAGUGUGUUUGGCUUCCCUCAGCGAGCCACAAAAUUUUCACUAGACACAAAUCAUCACCUUUGAUGUGUCAAUAGCACAUAAAUACCUUUGCAGAUUUCAUAUCCUGAGAUGAAUUCCUCCAUAUCUAAGGUAAUUUUCUGUGUGGAAAACAAAUCCAUCUACCUCAACAAAUAAAUAACCGAGGCCGCCUAAUGCAAAGUUUUUUUUAUGAACCCUAGUGAACCCGUGUAUAAACAACCCUUGCCAAAAUGAGGGAGACUGCACAGUAACUGGAGAUGAUUCUUACAGCUGUAAAUGUGCUGACGGAUAUUACGGAGAAACUUGUGAAAAAGGUACCAGCAUGAUAAAUAUGAUCGUUUUAGACAUUUUUUUGUACGUAGAGGCGACUAAUUUGCCAAUCAUAACGGAUUACUACUCUGCCAAUCAUAAUGUUUCAUUUCCUCAGUGAGCCCUUGUAAAUCACAUCCAUGUAAAAAUGGUGGAACAUGCACAAUGACGGGUCUUGAUUCAUUCUCAUGCAAAUGCACUGAUGACUUUGAAGGAGACACCUGCGAAAAGCGUGAGUAAACUUUUAACAGUACAUUAGUUAUGAUCAACAAAUACUUUUGGGCAUGUGUCGAUUUAUUUCGUAAAGAACGUAACACAAUUAUUCUGAUUCUUCUACAGGGCUUCCUUGUGUACCUGGCAAAAAGACGGACGAUCCUCAAGGCCGUUGCUGUGUUUUUCCUUUUGAGUAUGGAGGAGUAACUUACCAAUCUUGUACCAACGGAUGGUGUUCAUUUGACGAAGGUUACGUGGGAAACUGGGCUAACUGCGGUAAGGAAUAAAAGUUACAAAUUUAGCAAUAUCAAAUUCAAUAAAGAAGUUUUUUGAAACGAUUAUUGCCUUUAUUGACCAGCUAUAAGAAAAAAAUAGCAUUCAACGCUAACCCUUCACAAUAUCGACAAUCUCCUUUCAGCUUUAUAAGACAGUUUGUUUUUCCAUAAAAUCUAAGCGACUGUUGAUAAAAACAGGUGAUUUUUCCGAUUAUGCUGACAGGGAGAGUUAAACGAAAACUGGUUUAGAGUUAGCUUUCAAUCCUCUUUGCUACUUAAGAAGCUUGUGUUGACUCAAAAAAGUUUAUGGAGUGGAUAUUGGUUACCCUCUUCCGUACAACAUGAAGGGGGGAGUAAAAAUGCUAAAUACUGCUUUGAGAGCUUGAGGUUGUGGUUUGUUCAUGUGCCAAUUUUUCAAAAUAGUCUAUUGGAAUUUUUUGGUUGAUAAUCAACGAAGUGAGUUUGGUUUCCCUCAGCGAGCCACAAAAUUUUCACUAGACACAAAUCAUUACCUUUGAUGUGUCAAUAGCACAUAAAUACCUUUGCAGAUUUCAUUUCCUGAGAUGAAGCCCUCCAUAUCUAAGGUAAUUUUUUCUGUGGAAAACAAAUCCACCUACCUUAACAAAUAAAUAACCGAGGCUGCCUAAUGCAAAGUUUUGUUAUGAACCCUAGUGAACCCGUGUACAAACAACCCUUGCCAAAAUGGGGGAGAUUGCACAGUAACUGGAGAUGAUUCUUACAGCUGUAAAUGUCCCGACGGAUAUUAUGGAGAAUCUUGUGAAAAAGGUACAGGCACGAUAAAUAUGAUCAUUUUAGACAUUUCUUGAACAUAGAGGCGACUAAUUUGCCAAUCAUAACGGACUAAUGCUCUGUCAAUCAUAAUGUUUCGUUUCCUCAGUGAGCCCCUGUAAGUCACAUCCAUGUGAAAAUGGUGGGACAUGCACAAUGACGGGUCUUGAUUCAUUCUCAUGCAAAUGCACUGAUGAUUUUGAAGGAGACACCUGCGAAAAGCGUGAGUAAACUUUUAACAGUACAUCAGUUAUGUUCAACGAAUGCUUUUGUGCAUGUGUAGAUUUAUUUCGUAAAGAACGUAACACAAUUAUUCUGAUUCUUCUACAGGGCUUCCUUGUGUACCUGGGAAAAAGACGGACGAUCCUCAAGGCCGUUGCUGGGUUUUUCCUUUUGAGUAUGGAGGAGUAACUUACCAAUCUUGUACCAACGGAUGGUGUUCAUUUGACGAAGUUUACCAGGGAAACUGGGCAAACUGCGGUAAGGAAUAAAAGUUACAAAUUUAGCAAUAUUAAAUUUAGUAAAGAAGUUUUUUGAAACGAUUAUUACCUUUAUUGACCGGCUGUAAGAAACAAAAUAGCAUUCAACGCUAACCCUUUAAUAAUAUCGAGAAUCUCCUCUCCGCGUUAUAAGACAGGUUGUUUUCCAUAAAAUCUAAGCGACUGUUGAUAAAAACAGGCAACUUUUCCGAUAAUGCUGACAGGGAGAGUUAAACGAAAACUGGUUCAGAGGUAGCUUUCAAUCCUGUCUGCUACUUAACAAGCUUGUGUCGACCUAAAAACAUUUAUGGAGUGGAUAUUGGUUACCCUCUUCCGCACUAUCCUUAGGGGGGAGUUAAAAUGCUAAAUACUGUUUUGGGAGCUUGAGGUUGUGAUUUCUUCAUGUGCCAGUUUUUCAAAAAUAAUCUAUUGGAUGUUUUAGUUGAUAUUCACAUAAUUUUCACUAGACACAAAUCAUUACCUUUGACGUGUUAAAGGCACUUAAGUGCGAUAGUCUGUAACUUUCAUACUUUCGUCGGCCACUUCAUUACGUCGAUUUGGCUGAAAUUUGGCAUGAAGUCUUAGUCUAUGGACCUCAUCACGAAACGGAUAUUAAAAAGUGCCAGUUAUUUUUGCUUGCCAAUAAAAUGGGAAAGUGCAUUUGGUCUGCCCAUAUUUGCCCGCCAAUAUGGAGAAUCGAAGGUGAUCUUUUAAAUUCAACUCGAGUCCUAUCGUAAAUGUUUCUCAAAAUCUCGUGAUAUUCCUGAAACGAUCUUCCCUUCCCCUUAGAAUUUAUUUAAAAAAACAUAGCAAAUGUCUGGUUUUAACAAUAUAUGAUCCCAACGUUCUAAGGUCGCUCUAGGCCGCCUUGAACAGUGAAAAAUUUACCCCAAGUUAGUAACCGAAUAUCUCCAGUGUUACCUCGAUCCAGAAGUUACCAUUUGCUGUGAACAACGUUUGUUCAUAGAUGAACAGAUUUCAUAAAAAAAAAGAAUAAGGGAAAUGAAAUGGUCAAGGAAAAAAAAUUAUCAACCCGUACUGACCUGGCUAUGUUUGGGACCUGGUCCUAAAAGCUCUUAAAUCAAUUCACGCUCAGAGGGAAACAGUUAAAGUACAUUUAUCGUCCGGAAAGUUUCCUAAUAGUAUGGAGGUAUCUUUUGAUUUAACAUAAACGUGUUGAUUGUAGUUUGACCUUCAAGAAUGUUCUAGAAGUAGCUGUGUCAUGCUGAGUCAUCUCUGAAUCAAGAUGUAAAUAGAAUCUAUUGUAAUGUUACGGAACGUUAUAGAUCCUCAACCGUACCAAUAAAAGCCAAGCUUGUAUCUAGAUUCUAGAUGUAUCGAGUAGUUUAGUUGCUGGUAGAGCCUGUCAGAUAUCAAUAAAGGUGUAUGCUGUAGAAUAUAAGACGUCCACACCUCAGUGAUGUUCAAGCAAAAUUGUUGCAAUGGUAUGAUUUUAGGUAACUAGUUGAAUUUAAACAAGCCACGUGCAAUUACUGUAGGCGCAAGAAUUUGUAUCAUUAUUUUUGUUGUUGUUGUUUCAUAGUUCCGUGUUAGGUGUUUAGUUUCUCGUCUUCAUUAGUGUCCUCUGUCAGUUACCAGUUUUGUACUUGUUAUAUUUAUUUGCAUAUCGUAGUUACUCUGUUCGCGCGUAAUUUAUUUGGUUAGUUGUCUAGUUUGCGGAACAUAUCGGAACAUAUCGUGCUUUGAGUUUCAUUUUUUCGUCUUUUGGUUUGGUCACAUUCGUCUUGUAAGUGUCCUUGUUUAUUUCGCUUUGUCGUUUUCUAGUACUUUCACUCAUACGUUGUAAGUUAUUUUAUGCUCAUUCUCGUGUUAUUUUCAGUUACCGUGUUCAACAAUGAGUCAUGUCAAGUUUGUUAAAUUUUCUAUGAACGGAAGUUUGUUCUAGUUAAGUUUGAAUACAAGUGAUUAGCGUUUGCGACUAUAAUUACGCUCAGAGGCUAAUUUGCUUACCGUUUUGAGAACAAAGGAUUUUGUGAAAAAACAUUCUUAUCAAUUCUUAUAAACUAUUGGUGAUAGCUGUUGGUCCUUUAUUUUAAUUAAGUCGCUGCAAACUUAAGAUUAAUGAUACAGUACUUACAGGUCGCGCAACCGGUUUCGUAGAUGAUAUGCAAAUUCAUCAUUUUUUCCAACAGGAGUCAAUUUACCAUUUCCUCAAGUUUGCAGCAUAAGAAAAACCUCAGCCUUUGGCAAGUCCGUCAGAGUAACUUUUAUUUAUAUCAAAAGUAAGCCUUAAAUACCAACGUAAUACACUCUGGCAGUGGCCACACACACACAAAACGGAAUGUGGUUUGAGAUAGACAUCAACUUGAACUCGUGAGAGUGCACAAGCAAUCAAGUUUAUUCUUGAGUCUUAAAGUGGAAAUUCAUUCCUUUAUUUGUGGAUCCUGUUUAGAUAAGGUUAUUGUUUUUUUUUAUCAUUUUACUCUCCUUCAUACUUCUUGGACACAACAGGUACAAAAAUUGAAAUUUGUUUUUAUUUUGUAGUGAACACUGAGAGGCUGGUUUCAAUGAGGUAAAAUAUUGGAAAAGUUCUCGUUUUUAACAAAGCCAAACUUAUCAUGUCAGUGAUUAACUUCCCUUUUUGCUUCAGUUUAUUUUCCAGUUCUUUGUAUGAAGAGCAUGCUCUAGUAUAGUAUUGGUCAAGAGCGGUUUCUCGAGGUUUGCUGAGGAUAGUUUCAGACAUACCAUGUAGUCGUGCGAGUGCAUAUCCCUUUUACGAUGUAUACGAGACAUAAAGCCUCAUUUAUGGGGUUUAAACGUUUUUGACGCAUCUUUGAGAAGGGCUAGAGUAGGUACUGGGACAAAUUUCAUGCUUAUGCAUCGAUUAAUUCGAAACUUCAACUUCCCUUCCCCGUGGAAAUUGAAAUCUUGAAAAUUAGUUCUUCAAAUUCCAAUCCCCGGGGCCAAAAUUGUGUUCAAAUGCCCUACCCAAGUUCUUUUUUUUUUAAAAAAGGAAACACGGGCAACUCACGGGUAUUUAACUGUCUCCCGUGCCUGAGGAAUGGGAAAUUUGGACCUUGCGUGGCUGGGGUGAGGAAUUUGAGCCGGAAAUGUAAGUCUUUCUAGAGCGAUAAAGAAGUAAAGGUCUGCAAGGUCUAGAGUUUUAAAGCCCGGUAAAUGAAUGGAAAGUCACGGAUUUGAAUUUGUUUUGUCGAUUUAACAAACUUUUCAAAAGCUAUUUGUCUAAAAGAUAUCGAUUCUGAAUGUUUUUUCGGAUUUGCAAAAUAUUCUUGGAUUGUCCCUUUUCGGCUUCCGUUCCUCUCUCAUUGCCAUCAAAAAAUAAAUGAAAUAUGGUUUCUUAGGUCUUGGGUCUUAACUUCCGUUUUCGCUAGAAACGACAGUUCAGAGAUGAACAAGAAUUCAAGAAACUAUGAAUUCGAAUUCAUAGUUUCGUUUUUCAUAUUGAUUAGGUGUAAAGCUCGUUUAAAGCCACCGAAAGAAGGUUUAAAAUAUAUCCUUCACGAACAGCCUCUCAAAGUAAAAUAGAUCUUAGAGCAAACUCAAUUAGCGAUUGCGCGCGAAUUCCAACGAGAUGACAUUUAUUUCAAACAACUUUCAUGUCUGUGCCCUUAAUGACGGCGCUUUAUGUGUGCAUUUAGCGCUCACCGUUGGUGAAAAAAAAAUUGCAAGGAAGUAUCCUGAAAGAACAUUGAAACAUAUCAAAAACGAAAUUAAGACCUACUCAAAAACGUGAUGUAAUUUACGUAAUAGCCAACGAAAGAUAUCUGAAUCGUUGACGUGACAAGGACCAACUACAAAUGUAGCUCACAGGUUCUGAUUUUGAGUAAGUCUCCAAUCACCACCAAAUAAGCUGGUUUGGAAUUCACAAGAAUCUUCUCUUUUUCGGAAUUUUUCGUUCUCAAAACGGUAAGUGAAAUCAACCCUUCCGAGUGUUAUUACCGGAUCGACUGUUUACAUUCAUUGGGUAACCAAAUAUUAUUCCCAUUGCGACAAUGUCGCCCAGACAUAUUUGCUUUCGCUCAAAAUCAACAGAUACUUCCGUAAUAUCAGGAAAACUUCUGGAAUUUGCUUUCAUUCUGGACGAAAUAAGUACUUGGACUUUAUUUCCGACCGGUAAGCUGAUUUACGAGCUGGUCCCUUUAAAUUUCCCCCGUUUUUUUAUUAAUGCAAUCAAUUCAUCCGUAAACAAACAUUGUUCCAAAUAAAUGGCAACCUCUGGAUCGAGGUAACAUUGGAGAUAUCAUGCUGACAAGUUGGGGUACAUUUAUUACUGUUCAAGGCGGUGCAAAACGACCUUCGAACGUUGAGAUAACCUGUAAUCAAAAUCUGUCAUCUCCCACAUUUUUUCCAAUAAAUGUUAAAAAAGGGUAGAUCUUUUUAUUUAUUUCAAGAGAUUUUAGGAUAUCUUUACGACAGGACUGGAGUUGAAAUCAUAAGAACACCUUCGAUACGCCAUGUUGGCGGACAAGUAUGGGCGGACAUAGUCGGCUUUAUCGAUUUUAUGCCAGGCAAAAACAGCUGGAACUUUUUAAUACCCAUUUCGUGGUAAGGACCCUAAAAUUAGCCUUCAUGCCAAAUUUCAGCCAAAUCGGCAAGGUUAAGUGGCCGCGAUUUUUUUAAAAAGUUCGAAACUGACAGACUAUUGCUCUUAAAUACCUUUGCAUAUUUCAUAUCAUGAGAUGAAGCCUCCAUGUUUAAAGGUAAUUUUCUUUGUGGAAAACAAAUCCACCUACCUCAACAAAUAAAUAACCGAGGCCGCUUAACGCAAAUUUUUGUUAUGAACCCUAGUGAACCCGUGCACAAACAACCCUUGCCAAAAUGGGGGAGACUGUACAGUAACUGGAGAUGAUUCUUACAGCUGUAAAUGUCCCGACGGAUAUUAUGGAGAAUCUUGUGAAAAAGGUACAGGCACGAUAAAUAUGAUCAUUUUAGACAUUUCUUGAACAUAGAAGCGACUAAUUUGCCAAUCAUAACGGACUACUACUCUGCCAAUCAUAAUGUUUCGUUUCCUCAGUGAGCCCCUGUAAGUCACAUCCCUGUAAAAAUGGUGGAACAUGCACAAUGACAGGUCUUGAUUCAUUCUCAUGCAAAUGCACUGAUGACUUUGAAGGAGACACCUGCAAAAAGCGUGAGUAAACUUUUAACAGUACAUCACUUAUGUUCAACGAAUGCUUUUGUGCAUGUGUAGAUUGAUUUCGUAAAGAACGUAACACAAUUAUUCUGAUUUUUCUACAGGGCUUCCUUGUCCACCUGGUAAAAAGACGGACGAUUCUCAAGGCCGUUGCUGUGUUUUUCCUUUCGAGUAUGGAGGAAUAACUUACCAAUCUUAUACCAAGGUAGCUCAUCACAGAUUGUGGUGUUCAUUUGACAAAGUUUACAAAGGACAAUGGGCUUACUGCGGUAAGAAAUAAGCAUCCCAAACUUGAAUACAAAACAAUCCUUAUGGUAGGAUCAUCGGCUAGAAUAGCCAGUUUUUUCCUAAAAUGUACUGAUUGUGAUUGGAGCUAAAAAAUGUAGAUGCUACUGUUUAGAGGUAGGAAAUUUAGGGGAAGUCUUUCAAAAAGUGUUUUGGAGAACCUUGUAUGAGGGGCUAUUGAGAAACCCUGAAUAAAAACUCGGCAUACCCUGAGGCGAAAGUGUUAAGAAUUUUGACAAAAAAAAUUUACAUUUUAAAAAAUGAACAUUCGAAAAAAUUAUGUUUUAACCAGAGAGAAAAGUCAUAUUCUGUCUUACCAAUAAGCCAUCCUACCAGUGUAGCCCCAGCUGCAUCCUCGACGAACGCAGUUGGUAUGACGGGCAUGAUCUUAUGGGAUACACUGUUCCGGUUAGGGAUAUGAAUUCACCUUUUGUCCCAGAGGGGCUUAAGUGCAACUUCCAUUUCAUAUUUUUGCUUAUGCUUUACUUGGUAAUGUAAUGUUUCCAAUGAUCUAUGGCAAAGCGCAAAAGGUUCCCCUUCUAAAACAGGCUCGGUUUUCUUCCACUAAUUCGAGUAAAUAAUAGUUGUUGUCUAUCUUCCUGUCAACGGAAAAUGACCCCAAGCAAAAACUUUUUUGCGUUUUGCUACUCUUCCGAAUCCUAUUUGAGGAGUUUCUAUUAUUUAGUCUUUCACAGCUCAUGUGAUGCUAUGAUUUGAUGGGUUAUUUUGUGAUCAUGGAUUAUUGUUGACAUUCUUUUGCAACAGUUGAUGAAUGUGAGUCAUCUCCUUGUAAGAAUGGAGCCAGUUGUAAGAUUACUCAAGAUGGAUACAGUUGUCAGCCAUGUCCUGCAGGAUGGGAUGGGAAAAACUGUGAUGAAGGUUUGAUGCGUCUUCGAAUUAACUAUCUUUUUGGUCUUGGGAAAUCACUUACGGCCAGCAGCUUAUUCCUCUUUCAAAGGAAAGUCUCCUCAAUUGUUUUUUUCUAAGAGAAUGAAUGAAAAUUUUGUUUCUCCAAACCUUUUCGGUUGCCUAUGGUGUCAGUGUUCCUAAGUAUGGUAUUUGCCUGUGUAGGUCCUGCGGACGAUCUUCGCGUUGUCUGGCAAGCUCAGUUUGAACUAGAGCAAUGCUACCGGUUCUUUUACUCGCUAAUCUAGGCUUUAGGAAUAAACUCUUUUUGUGGGUAGUCUGUACUGCCAUAUGCGCUAAAAGACUCUCGACGUGCGAAAGCAACGUUGAUAUGCGCGUCGGAUGUCAACAGUAAUUGGUUUAAAGCCAUUGAAAGUUACCAUUACUUCCAACUUUUUCAUCCUUCCAACUAAUUGGUGAAACAACGUUCUCAUUUUAAAUGUGUUCAAAUCACUUCAAAUCUAUACGCUUUCUAGCCGAAGCCAAUCAACUUUUAUAGUCAUUACAAUUAACGACGUCUGAGUUAGCCCUCUCAUGGAACAAAUAAAGGGUUUCGAAGAGGAACCUAAAGAUUCUCUGUGUUUUGUCUUUAAGUUUAAGUCGCUGUCUUAUCAAGUUUGAGCGUAAAUAUAUAGCACGUAGUAUACAUUAACGAUUAAUACAUGAAACAUUGCUACCCACACGACACUAAAUAACCGUCAAAAAGUAGCUUUCACCAAAGCAGACAGGAUUCCGACAACUGUUAAAUUCAUUUGGAAUCCCUCGGCUGAUAAACCCUAGUUGCAUUUUCGCCACAGAUCAAACCCUCUUGUGACCAUACCUCGUUUCAUCCAGUUUGCCUUCAAAGUAGGAUUCGGAGUAUUUCCAUAAGAAUCAAGGAUUCACCAAGAUUAGUUUUUUUUCAGUCCUUUAUGUUUCUGCCGAGACCUAAGGUUGAAAUUUUGAACAAUUUAUUAUCAAACAUGGACUAAAAAAGUCAGACUUCUCAAUGGACAGAUGCUUUCAUCCAUCUGUUUGUUUGUUUUUUCCACCAGACUCGGACUCAAGUUUUUCCACAAGAAUUGAGGGUUCACCAAGAUUUUUUUUCAGUCCUUUAUGUUCCUACUGAGACCUUAGGUGGAAAUUUUGAACAAUGUUUAGCCAAACAUAGACUACGAAAGUGAGAUUUAUCACUUGACAUGUUUUCAUCCAUAUGUUUGUUUCUUUUUCUCCACCAAAUUCGAACUCAACAUUUUGGCCCAUUGACUUCUUCCAAAUUCUUUUGCUGCAGUCGCGUGGAAAUCUGAAGUAUGUUUCAAAGAGCACAAGAGGAAAGCGAAAAUGGUUCUCGGACGUAAAAUCGCCACCGUCCAUGGAAAGAAACUAAGCAUUCAGGACGUAUUUGAGAAGUGCAAAAUUGCAGCGGAAAAGAAAGGUUUCAAGAUUUUUGGUAUUCGAGUGAGUACAAAAGAUUUGUUUAACUUAACCUAGCAUUCAUAAGACUAUUUAAUUAUUUUCCAUAAGCAAGUGUGUGAGAUAUCUGACUCAGUCGAACGAAACACUCGGUUGCAUAAGCAUAACUAAAAUUGCAGUACACCUCUUUAGGCUUGGUUUGUAGUGAUCGCUUUAAGAGCUAAUGUCAGCAUGCAUCAAACAAAGAGCGGCAAGUCACCCAAAGUUUGCUCUCACUCCUACUUUCAUAUUUUGUAGCUUAAUAUGUUCUAAUAAUUGUGGUGUAGUUUUUUUUGUAAAAAUUUAAUUCAGUUUUCGAGAAAUAAUCUUUUUUCGCUCGACUGCUCAAAUAUGCAAAUUUUCACCGUUAAUAUUACCCGAGUUGUGUGACUCUUUGUUUGAUGCUACUUUUCGACAUGGGAAAAGUAUGUCGGACAAAAAUAUUCACCAAAAAUAAAUAUUUCUUUGCCAGCUUCAAUAAAGACAGGGCACUAAGUUUAGGUAAUAAAACAAAGUAUUAUGUUGACAGAAAUGCCGGAGGUCUAGUGGAAUCGUUACAUGAGGUCACACAACUUGGGUAAUAUUCACGGUGAAAAUUUGCAUAUUUAAGCGGUCGAACGAAAAAAGUCAUUUCUCGAAAAUUAAAACAAAUUUUCACAAAAAAACUACACCACAAUUAUUAAAACAUAUUGGGCUACAAAAUAUAAAAGUAGGAGUGAAAACGAAUUUUGAGCGACUUGCCACAAUAUUUCAAAUUUCUUCGAUGGAUGCUGACAUCCUCUCUUAAAAACGUUCCAAAUGCGAUUUUCUUAAGGUAACUCACAAGGUAGACUGUAAUCUUGAUUCCCAACCAAUUUUAAUCUUCUUCUCUAUUUGUUGUACAGAAAAGGAACAGGUGUUUUACCACAAGUGAUGGAAAAGUGCAGGAGUUUAAAAAGUAUGGAGUAUCAUCCAAAUGCAAGAUAGAUGACAACGGUCUUGGUGUUGGAAUGAAACUCGCCAACUUUGUCUACACCAGGUAA